AUGGCUGAACAACGCAGAGGUCCCGGAAGGCCCAGGACGAGGAAUGUGGAGCCUGAGACUGGACCGGAGAAUGCAGGCGUGCCUUGGGUGCAGAUAAUGCAACAGAUGCAGCAACAGAAUCAAAUGAUGAUGCAAAUGAUGCAAGGCAUGCAAGGGCAACAACCAACCGCUCCUGCUCCUACUCCUCAGGCUGCAGCAGGGCCUGACUUUCGUGCCUUCUUUCGGAUGGAUCCGCCAGAGUUCUUGGGUGGCUUAGAUCCUGUGAUUGCGCAUGAUUGGCUAUAUGCUAUGGAGAUGAUAUUCCAGGCUAUUCAGUGCACAGAAGAAGAGAAGGUGAUCUUUGCUGCUCAGAAAAUGAAGGGGCCAGCAGGAAGAUGGUGGAAUACGGAGUCUACGUAUUUCACUAACCGAGGGAUUCCAAAGGAUUGGCAACAUUUCAAGACAGCUUUCUUGGAGAAGUACUAUCCCAACAGUGUGCGUGCUUUGAAGGAGCGUGAAUUUCAAUCUUUCAAGCAAGGCAACAUGUCGGUGUCUGAAUAUGCUGAGAAGUUUGAGGACAUGGCUGCCUAUUCCAGACAAGCAGCUUACGCACCAGAUGAGUUGUGGAAGAUUGAUCAGUUCCUCAUGGGGCUGAAUGCUGAUAUUGUGCACAGUGUGUCUCAGAGGGAGUUUACCACCUAUGCUGAGUGUUUAAGGCAAUGCUAUGUUGCCGAGAACACAUUGAAGAGGGUCCAAGAUGAAAGAGAGCAGAACAAGCCGAUUCGUAGAGAUCAUGGAAGGUCGGGGCAGCAAUUGAAACCCCGCAAUUCUCCAGCUAUGAAGAAACAGGUCUAUGGAGAUCGCUCUACUCAGCCUCCCCGAUGUGGUAGAUGCAAGGCAAACCACUUUGGGAAUUGCAAGCCAGAUCUUGUGAAAUGUUACAAGUGCAAUCAGUUGGGACAUUUUGCAAGGGAGUGUACAGCCCGAGAUACGUAG